GUGCUCCGUCAAAUAUGUUUCGAAACUUAUAAUAUUAACACUAAUAUUGAAAAGAUAUGGCAGCGUGAGGUUUCAAAAGUGUCAGAUUUAUAUUUGACGUUUUGCAUUGUAUUUAAUUUAGACGCUUUGUCGUAAAUUGUUUUUCUAAUGUACAUUGCUUCUCGAAAGUCUUUUUAACCAAAGAAGUUAUCUUCCUUAUAACUGGUUUAUUUUACUUGUGGAAAUGACAAUGGAUCUUGAGAAGAUUUGCCGAACUUGCUUGGGACUUAGUGGUCCCCUACUUUCCAUUUAUGAUGGUGGUGGGGGUGGAGGAUGCAUCGCCGACAUGUUGCGAGAUUUUACAAAAACCAAGCCCCGUCGAGAAGACAAACUGCCCGAAAAGGUUUGUUUGACUUGUAUAAGUGAGAUUAAUCGUUGCUAUUCCUUUAAAUUGAAAUGUGAGAAUUCAUGCAGAACACUGAGGCAACUGGUACCUGAUGCUCCUCCAGAAGAAACGGAGGAGGAGGUAUCAAAAAUAAAGGUGGUACAAGUAAAUAAGUUUGUACAAACUAUGAAGGAAAUACCGAAACAACUUACUACAGUACACACACAAACUAAAGAAAAUGUCGAGGUGUCGCUAACUAACCAGUAUGUGCAAACAACACCAACAUUAAAUAUAGCACAUGAUAAAUCAACAUCACCUAUAAUAGUGGAACAAAAUAGAACACUUAGAUAUGAUAAAAACAAAUUAGAAAAGGCUUUAGGAGUUGAAAUCGGUGAAGAAAUUGAAAUUGUUGAAAGUAGUAAGCUUCAACGACGAAAUAAUGUGCGCCACGCUUUAUCCUUCAAGCGAUGUCGAAUGGAUGAAAGCUACGAAGAUAUUGAAGAAGAUGGAACAGAAAUUAUUAUGGAAUUGCAUACAGAUGAGCCUGGAAUUGCCGAUAAUUCGGAAGGUAUAACAUUAUAUUCGGAAUUGCACACCGCCGUACAGGAAGAUACCAGCGAUAAUACAACCACCUAUUAUCAGCUAUCUAAUUCACAAUCUGAUAAUGAAAGUGAAAACAUUGCAGUAAAUAAUGAAAAUAUAAGGGAAACGAAGCAGGGUGAUGAAGUAUUUGAAGAGGACGGUGUAAUUGCUCGAUUUAUAUGUACCACAGAAGAAAAUGGAGCAUUAAUUCCAGUCGGAAAUGAGAAUUCGCAAUUCGAUGAUUACAACUUUACAAUUUUGAAAUGUGAUACUGGUGAAGCGGAAGUCAUAGCAAAGCGCACAGUUACAGUUCGUUCAUCAAAAGCUGAUAAUCGUGCGUUAAAAGAGGAGCUGAAGUGUAGUUACUGUUCGAUGACAUUUGUUAAUCCUAAACGUUUAACAAGACAUGAAUUGAAGCGACAUGCGAAUGAGCAAAUACGGAAAGAAAAUGAAUCGAGAUGUGAUCGGGAACAAAAUAACACAAAAGACACAGUAGAAAAAACCGAAAUAAGUGACGAUAAUGAAGAUAGCUCAACAAAUUUAAUCACAGCCGAUCCGACGCCUGUAAAAGCCACUACGUCGAACACGCCGCAGCCGAUUGUGCAGUUAACACAGCCGGCUAAAUUGACUCAUUUCUGUGAGACUUGUGGUGCCGGUUUUGCAUUAAGAAGAUCGCUGAUUCAUCACAAGAAACAAAAUCUUUGCAAUAAAACAACAUAUGAUUGCGACAAGUGUCAACGCGUUUUCAUAUCUGAAGAAACAUUGAAAGAACACAAGCUAACGCAUUUGCAAGAACACGAGUGCACCGAAUGUGUCAAGCUUUUCGCCACAAAUGAUGAACUUAGUAAACAUAUGGUCGAAGUACACAAACGUAAUUUACGCAAUCAAUGCCCCAUUUGUAAGAAAGUUUUUACCAUAUUGUCCGCUCUAAAGGAUCAUUUGCGCGUACAUAGCGGUGAGAAACCGUUUGUGUGUGACAUAUGCAACAAAGCAUUUAGCCAAAAGACGAAUCUAAAGCAACAUAUAAUGCGUCAUUCCAAGGAAAAGAAAUUCAAAUGCGACGAGUGUUUCAUGACUUUUGUCACUAAAGGAGAACUAUGCUCACAUAAGCGUACACACACCGGCGAACAUCCAUUCCGCUGCGACGAAUGUCUGGCUACAUUUACAAUAUCCAGUUCAUUGGUGAAACACAAGCGUAUACACACUGGCGAACGACCGUACGCAUGCGAUUUGUGCCCCAAACGUUUUACAUCAUCGUUCACUCUUAAAAAUCAUAGACGCAUUCAUACCGGUGAAAAACCGUUCAAAUGUCGCUGGUGUAGCAAAACAUUUACACAGAAACAGGAUUGCAUCAUACACCAUCGUACGCAUACUGGUGAACGAAAUCAUAUUUGUGUUUGUGGUGAGAAAUUUACACAUUUGGGUACAUUACGCACUCAUAUGAAAACACAUGAGGCGAACGAUGCUGAUGGUGUACCGAAAACUGCUGGCAGAGGUAAAAAGCUUACGACACGUAACAAGAGCAGUACUUCCAAAGGUGGAAGUCUGGAUGAAUCAGCAUUUAAUAUUACCAUAAUGGAUGUUGAUGAAGACGACGAGGAUAAUGCAAAUGACGAUGAAGAUAAAACUACAAUUGUAACGGUCGCCCGUGAGGAUAUGGAACGACUGGCAGCAGGUGGUACACUAAGACGUAGUCAAAGAGCUAAUCUCAAUGACGAAAAACUUAUGCAAAUAGCAAUAGAGAAAAUUUAACAAGACCAAAAAGAGAGUUUUGUUAAAAAUAUAAAUGAAAAGCCUUAUAUUGUUUGGACUUUUUAAAAUUUAAUACAAUAACUUGGUCAAUAAAAAUGUGUGUUUAAGUAUUUUAAUGCA